UGCUAUCAUUUUCGUGAAAGUACAGUCAUAGCAGGGCAAGGUACAACAAACUGCAGCAGAAAGCUCAAAAGUGUAGUACUGCUUUAUUAAGUCCCCAAAUUUCAACUCGGUUGGCAGCUUUCCCUUCACCAUCGCCCAAAACGGCGAUCACCAAUUAAUAAAACGGCGCCGUUGCACCCUCCCCCCUCACAAAACCUCUGCAACAUAUAUACUUACAGAAUUUUUGUAUCUAUUUGACUCAGCAUUACUUCCAUGUCUUCUGUAACCUUCAUCACAUGGUUAAUCGUUUCGCUGUUUUUCUAUAGCAACGAAGUUGCGUCGUCUUCGCCUGCGAUUUCAGUUUCAGCUCCGAUUAGGGUUGGAUCUCGUUCGAUUCUGCGAUCAAUCGACAAAAAUAAAGAGGAAAAGGAAGAUUAUGCUGUUGAAUUGAACGCCACGAAUUUUGAUUCUGUGCUUAAGGAAACCCCCGCUGCUCAUGCCGUUGUUGAAUUCUUUGCCCACUGGUGUCCUGCUUGCAGAAAUUACAAGCCACAAUAUGAGACGAUUGCAAAGAUUUUCAAUGGAGCAGACGCUGUCCAUCCAGGGAUGAUAUUGUUGACCAGAGUAGAUUGUGCCUUGAAGAUAAAUACUAAUCUUUGUGAUAAGUUCUCUGUCGGGCACUACCCUACUCUUCUGUGGGGCCCACCUUCUAAGUUUGUGUCUGGGAGUUGGGACCCAAAGCAAGAAAAGAGUGAAAUACGCUCUAUCGAGGAUGCACGAACAGCAGAUCUCUUACUAAAUUGGAUUAAUAAGCAAAUGAACAGCUCAUAUCGCUUGGAAGACCGGAAAUAUGAGAAUGAUCUUCAGAAAAAUGCUUCAGAUAUUGGACAGAUUGCACGUGCUGUUUAUGACAUUGAGGAGGCCACAACCACUGCUUUUGGCAUCAUCUUAGACCACAAGAUGAUCAAAUCAGAGACUAAAGCAUCACUUGUAAAAUUCUUUCAACUUUUGGUAGUCCAUCAUCCAUCUAGAAGAUGCCGGAAGGGAACUGCAGAACUACUAGUCGAUUUUGACAAUCUUUUAGCCAACAAGGAGAUUGACAGUGGCGAGAGAGGAGAAAUCAGGAAUUAUCAAAUUUGUGGAAAAGAUGUUCCUCGUGGAUACUGGAUGUUUUGUCGGGGAAGCAAGAAUGAGACUAGAGGUUUUAGUUGUGGUCUGUGGGUUUUAUUGCACUCACUCUCUGUAAGAGUUGACGACGGAGAAAGCCAGCUGGCAUUCACAACAAUUUGCGAUUUCAUUCAUAAUUUCUUCAUAUGCGAGGAGUGCCGCCAGCAUUUUUACACCAUGUGCUCAAGCGUUUCAACCCCUUUCAACAAAUCCCGUGACUUUGUCCUUUGGCUAUGGCAAGCACACAACAAAGUCAACGAGAGGCUAAUGAAGGUAGAGGCAUCCCUCGAAACCGACGACCCUCUGUUCCCCAAAAUCACGUGGCCCCCACAACAGCUCUGCCCUUCUUGCUAUGGAACUGUGAGAGUCGACGAGAGCCGUCCGAUCGAAUGGGAUCUUGAUGAGGUCCACAAGUUCUUGAUGAACUAUUACGGGAAGGCGCUCGUAAACCUAAACAAGGAUAAGGAAUUUACAGUGGAGAGGCUCGUAAACCUAAAUGAUGACGCGGCAUCUUCAGCGUCGGUGAACGCACUUGUGGUCCCUGUUGGAGCUGCGCUGGCGAUAGCAGUUGCCAGCUGUGCGUUCGGAGCGCUGGCUUGCUACUGGCGGCAGCAUCAGAAGAGCCGGAAGCCGAGGAGAAGCUGGAACUGAUAUUUAAGCUCUCGGUCGGUCUAUACA